AUGAUACGAGACACAGGUUCAUUUGCAUAUGGGCGGACGCGUGGGGAUGAGGCGUUGGAGAAGUGCGAUGAGUCGAGCCUUUGGGAAUGGAACAGCCGUCAGCCAGCCCUCUGCUUCUUGAUCGCCUCCGAAAACAGCCUUCAAACGUCCCUUUGCAGCAUACCGCCUCCCCCGAGUCUUUAUUCUCACCUGCAUUUAUUGAACGUGACGGGGCAUGGCAGGAUCUCUCCCAAAGACUGGGCUUCAACAGAAAGGAAGUAUCAGAAGUUCCCGGCUGGGAAACACACCGAGAAGAUGGACAAGGAGACAAGACAUUACGAGGCCGAGAUUCGUGUCAAAAGAGAUGCAAGGCAGAUGAUCCAUGAGAGAAGAGUAGAAAGGCAGGAUAAUGAAAUUCUUCCAAAACGACCACCCUCUCCCUCCAUCAUGCUUCUCUCCUCCGCUCCCAGUCCAUAUUCGUCAUUAUGCCAGUUCCAAGCAACCCUCGAGAAUGACGACUGCAAUCCCGCUUCUCAAGAAGGUCACUACCCCGCCCAGCUAUGGCCCCAGAUUUCCGUUCUCGAAUCACUCACUCGGUCGGUACUUGAAGAAGUAUGA